AUGACCCUGUUCCUGGUGCUGUUCGCCCUUGUCGUCGGCACAAUCGCGCGAUCUCAGAAAGCGGGCGGCCUGAGCAACAUCAAGAACGUGGUGGUUUUGGUUCAGGAGAAUCUGUCAUUCGACCAUUUCUUUGGCGGGCUCACAUACGAUGCUGAUAUUGAUGGCGUCUUGAAACGCCCCUUCUGCAACCCGGCCAAUGUGUCGCAGUUGCGCUCCGACAAAAUCUGCGCCCAAAACACGGCGCAGAACAUCGCCUCCGAAGAUCCUAACCAUAGCAUCGCCGGUGGUAAUAUGCAAAUUUUUGGAACCUACCACCCGUUAAUCGAGUCUCAAUCCUGGAUGGAUGGGUUCAUCACCGAACAACGAGCUUCUUAUGAGAUAGACAAUCUGACACGCGCAGCCGAGGUCAUCAACUAUUUUACCCCUGACCACAUCCCCGUCUUCAACGCGAUCGCAGAAAACUACGUCCUCUUCGACCGAUGGUUCGCCGCUGUCCCGGGACCGACGAAUCCAAACCGCGCCUACUUGACCUCUGGAACCUCGUAUGGUCAUGGAAUGAAUGACGAUGCUUUCAAUCGAUCCGGCCUCCCACAAACAUCUAUCUUCGAACAGCUAUCGGACAAGGGAAUCUCAUGGGCCAACUACGAGAACUCGACCAAAUCAGACCCCUCCUUCCUACCAGACGCCCUGUUCUACCAGUGGACAGCCAAGUCGAACACCGCCCGGUCGAACAUACGCCCUAUCGAACAAUUCUAUAAAGAUGCCGAAGCUGGAACCCUUCCUGCAUUCACUUGGAUCAACCCGGAGUGUUGCAAUUACAUGUCAAUGCAUCCUCCCUCUCCGAUAAACAUGGGCGAGAACUUUGUGAAGGGUAUAUAUGAGGCUAUACGGGGCUCUCCGCAGUGGAACGACACGCUCUUCAUUUUGACAUUUGACGAACAUGGAGGCUUUGCCGACCAUGUUCCUCCUCCCUCAGACAUACCACCAGGUGACAGUCUGACUUAUACCGAGACGGCCCCAGAUGGAAGCCCAUAUGUGUUCCACUUUGAUCGCCUAGGCAUCCGCGUCCCGACCAUGCUCAUUUCGCCCUGGGUCAGCAAGGGGCUAGUUCAAAAUAAGCCCGCAGAUGAUCUCGCCGAAUUUACCCAUACCUCCAUUUUGAAAUUUCUAUCCGAGCUCUGGGGGCUUGAGAGCCUCACCCCUCGCGUGGAAUGGUCGCCAUCGUUCGGUGAUCUGAUCACCUCCAAAUUUCGUGAUGAUACCCCGGAAAAGCUACCAGCCCCGGCGGACUUUUAA